UGGGCACGGCAUCUAUCUCUCUCUUUUUAUUCACAACGAAAGACAAGCACUUGAGAAAAAUUCAUAAACAAAUGGGAUUUCAGAAUUGAGAGAUCUUCAUCUUCUUCCUUUUUCUUGUAUUCCCUCGAUCACCAACAACAAAAAAGAAAUUAACUAGAGAGAUCUUCUUCAACCCCAGAGAGAGCAGAGAGAGAUAGAUAGAGAGGAGCAACGCAGAAUCUAUGCUCACCAUGUGUUUGAUUCAAGACCAAAGAGAAGAAGCGGGGUCCCACGCCAACUAUAGUAAUCCACACAAAGCAUCAUUAUUCAUCAUCUUCUGCCACAACACCCCCCACCACCACCAGCCCCAACAAUCUCGCACUCUCUCUUUCAUCGUAAACCGCAAAGCAUCGCUCGCCACCAUCAUCAACCCCAACCAUCCUGCUCUCUUGCUCUCUCUCACUUUUAUUCUGCUUCUCUCCUCGUCUUGGCGUACUUGCUCCAAUAAUUUAUCCUCCUAAACUAUUUUUUAUUACCUCACUGCAAAAAGUCCAAAUCCAGCUGCUUCUUCGCCCCACGGCGCCGCACAUAUAUAGAUACAUUUAAAUACAGGGCAUAUAUGCUCGCCGGCGAUGCCGACGCCGGUCAGCGUAGCAAGGCAAUGCUUAACGGAGGAGGCCGCUCGUGCUUUGGACGAUGCGGUGGCGGUUGCACGCCGCCGCAACCAUGCUCAGACAACUUCGCUUCAUGCUAUCUCUGCCUUGCUCGCCUUGCCUUCUUCCCCCCUCAGGGAUGCUUGCACACGUAGCUGCUCAUAUUCUCCGCGUCGACAGUUCAGAGCUUUAGAGCUCUCUGUGGGCGUGUCUCUCGAUCGAUUGCCCACCACUAAGGCUCUCGAGGACGACCCUCCUAUAUCCAAUUCGCUCAUGGCUGCUAUCAAGCGAUCCCAAGCGAACCAGAGAAGGCAUCCAGAGAGUUUUCAUUUGAUACAGAUGCAUAUGCAUCAUCAGCAGCAAGCGGCCUCGUUUUUGAAGGUGGAGCUCAAGCACUUCAUUUUGUCCAUUCUCGAUGAUCCGAUUGUGAGCAAAGUUUUUUGGGAAGCUGGUUUUCGAAGCUGUGAAAUAAAGCUUGCGUUGCUUCAACCGCCUAUAGCGCAAGCUUCUUCUCGAUUCUUCCGCAGCCGUUACCCACCUUUAUUUUUCGGCAAUCUAACAGGUUCGGAAAUGGAUCGUCCAGGUUUUAACUUCCCUUUCAUGGCCAAUCCUGCACACAGAGAUGGAGACGAGAAUUGUAGAAGAAUUGCCGAGGUUCUUGUGAGGAAGACAAAGAAAAAUCCCUUACUAAUGGGUGUUUACGCGAAGGGUGCUCUUAGGAGAUUCACUGACACUGUACAGAGAGGUGAAGUAGGUAUGUUGCCAGCUGAUAUUGCUGGGCUUAAUAUGAUUUGCAUUGAGAAGGAGAUUGCUGAGUUUUUCGUUGAAGGUCGCAGUGAAGAGAAGAUGGUUUUGAAAUUUAAGGAAUUGAGUCUUGCAGUCGAGCGGUGCUCAGGUCCGGGUAUCGUUGUGAAUUUCGGAGAGCUUGAGGCAUUCGUGGGCGAUGGGGUGCCUGGUGUUGCUGUGAAUUUUGUCGUCUCACAACUGACAAGCUUAUUGGAAACUCAUGGUGAGAAGUUAUGGCUGGUAGGCAUGGCAGGGACCUCUGUUAUACAUUCCAAGUUUUUAACUAUGUUCCCGACUGUGGAAAAGGAUUGGGACUUGCAUCUGCUGACCAUGACAUCUGCCUCUCCUUCAAUUGAGGGGCUCUACUCUAAAUCCAGUUUGAUGGGGUCCUUUGUGCCAUUUGGUGGUUUCUUUUCUACACCACCUGAAUUCAAAAAUCCAGUAAGCUGUGCAAAUCAAUCUUCUGCCCGCUGUCAGACAUGCAAUGAGAAGUAUGAACAAGAAGUUGCUGAUGUUUUGAAGGCUAAUGAAGAAUUCCCCACUUUGAAUGCAACUAUGCUGGGAUUGCAAAAGAAGUGGGCUGAUAAUUGUCAGCGUCUUCAUCACAAUGAGUCAUUUCCAGACUUAAAUGUAUCCCAAACAAAGGCUCAGCUUCCCUCUCUUGACGGCUUACAAUUUGGUUUGGGUUUUAGAGAAAGCAGCAGUAAAGAUCUAUCAGUUGAUCAAAUCCAGCAUUCUAAACAUGGUCUCUACAUGCCUCAAGAGUUACAUAGUAUUUGCCCAUCAAAGCAGAUGUUACAUGCUACUUCAGAGAGUUCUGGAAUUGAUACAGGAGCUGACAAGGGAGCAGCUGGUUCAAAGAGUCAGCAAACUGACGUGCAGAACCCUUGGGUUGCCCCUUCACCUGUGGCCAAUAUGAGUCAGGUCGAUCACAUAUCAUCUUCCUCCCUUGCUUCUGUGACCACUGAUUUGGGAUUGGGAACUCUCUAUACAUCAGCAGCUCAGGAGCCAAAUACGCCAAAAGUAAAAGAUCAUAGAGACAGCAUACGGCACUUUUCAGACUCCAUUUCAGCUGAUCUUGAUGCUGUGAAUGAAAAUACUUCGUACCAAGUUGCUCAAUCCUCUCCUUGCUCUGUUCCCAUGGAAGGGAAACUGGAUUCGGUAGAUUUCAAGUCACUUAACCAGCUUCUUGCUGGAAGAGUUAGCUGGCAAGCAGAGGCCAUAUCUGCUGUCAAUCGAGCCAUGUCCCUCUGUAGAUAUGGCACCAGAAAGCACAAUGGUUCCCGUGCUAGAGCAGAUGCAUGGCUUGCUUUCCUUGGACCUGACAGAGUUGGAAAGAAGAAAAUUGCUUUAGCACUUGCAGAGAAAAUAUUUGGAGACACAGAAAGGCUAAUCUCUGUGGAUAUGAGUUCUCAAGGCAGAGACUACCCAUUAAAUGUGGUUUUUGAAUGCCAAAAGUCAAUUUGUCAUGACGUGCUUCGGAGGAAGACAGUCGUGGACUAUAUUGCUGGGGAGUUGAGCAAACAACCCCAUUCAGUUAUAUUUCUUGAAAAUGUAGAUAAAGCUGAUUUUCUGGUGCAGAAUAGUUUGCUCCAGGCAAUAAGAACAGGUAAAUUUCCAGACUCACAUGGCAGGGAAAUCAGUAUCAGUAAUGCACUCUUUAUUGUAACUUCAAGCGUCUUCAAAGGCGAACACUCUUUCCUUUUGGAGGAGGAGCCUGUGUUUUCUGAGGAUAAAAUCCUUGAAGCCAAAAGAUGUCAAAUGCAGUUACUACUUGGGCGUUCUUCUGAGUGUCCCAUAAGAAGCAGUGACACAAAUGUCAGAGUAACGCCGGGAAGAGAGGCCUCCAAACCAGCAAUUCUGAAUAAAAGAAAACUGAGUGAAAGAAGUGACUCUGUAGAGCAAGCAACCAAAUGCAAGCUACAGAAACAGGUCCUAGAGACACCAAGAUCUUCUCUAGAUUUGAAUAUGCCUCUCCAGGAAGUUGAAGAGGACUGGUUUGAUGAUUUUUGUAGUCAACUUGACGCCAGAAUAACUUUUAAGCGCUUCGAUUUUGAUGCACUCGCUGAGAAACUCUUAAAAAGCAUCAGUUUGCAGUUUCGGUUGACGUUUGGAUUAGGGUUUAAGCUGGAAGUUGACUAUGAAGUCAUGGUACAGGUCCUAGCAGCCGCUUGGUUAUCUGACAAGAUAAAUGCUGUGGAGGAUUGGGUUGAAAACGUACUCGGCAGAAGCUUCAAUGAAGCUUUGCAGAAAUACCAACCCGAGCCUCAGCAUUGCAUUAAACUAGUGGCCUGCGAAGGGAUUUUUGUGGAAGAGCAUGGUCCUGGAGUAUGCCUUCCUGCUAAUGUUAACCUCGAGUAAAUUUUGGCUCGCUAUGUAUCAGUGUAAUUACAUGUAAAACUUAGCUUUUAGGAUAAAAGUACUUGGCAGUCAGUAAAUCCCACGAUUUUUUUGGUUAUCAUUUGGUUGUAAGAAACUAUGGUAAAAGAAUUUAUAAUCCUUAGUUCUUGUACAUUAGUAACAUGUUCCUUUUCUAUUUUCUGUUU